AUGGCGUCUGAACUGGACAACCCUGUUCCCGAGCCGGGCCCAGGCUACAGAAAGCCUCUUUUCAAGUCGUUCACUAGCGACAGGAACCUGAAGCGGUUCACCAUCUCGGGACCCACUCUCAGGGUGGAUACCUCUUUUUCUGAGGCGGGUACGCCCGCAGAGGUGUCAGCGGGCAGUCGCAGAAACUCUGUCCUGGCCACGCCGUUGGCCACGCCGCUGGCAGCCGGCCACAUGCUGGAGAACGAGGCCAAAAGAUCGAGCGUGCAGCUGGAAGUCGCCGACAUGACGCUGGUGGUGCCCACGCUCGUGCACAAGUGCUGCCAGUUCAUCCUAAGCCAGGGCCCGAAAGAGGGGAUUUUCCGCAUCAACGGUUCCAUCAAGAAGAUCAAGAAGAUCGAGGCGCUGAUUCGCGAGCAAGGAAUAGACAGCUUUGAUUUUGACACCUGCCGCGUCGAAAACGUCGACAAUUCAGAGGACACGGCCCCCAAUGCCUACGACGCCGCCAUGGUGCUGAAAAGGUGGCUGUCGAAUCUUGCUGACGGCCUCAUCACGCUGGAUGUGAGCAAGUCUCUCAAAACGGUGGCUGCGUCGCCGCAGGAGGUUCCAGUUUUAGACGAGACUGAAGACGCUACACAGACAGCGGAAGAGGCCUCGCAGACAGAGUCCGAGGACGCGUUCAGCCUCAGUUCUUACAAAACCAUCCCAACUAGCGUCGAGGACACAGACAAGGAGAAGGAGUCGCUGGAAAACCUGCCCCUGGUCAACUUGCACCUGUUUAUAUAUCUGCUCUCCUUUUUGAACAAGUUGGCACAGCCCGACGUCUGCGACAUCACCAAGAUGCCGUCCUCGAAUCUUGCCAAGAUCUUCCAGAUGAGUUUUUUCAAAGUGGACGAUCUGCAACCACAGCUUGCUUCCACCACAAGCACAGACGAUCUUCUGCAAAACUACAAAGCCAACGAGCGGCUGCUGCAAAACUGGAUCACGUCAUACGACGAACUUGCGGCCAAACUGCGCUCCUUUGUGGCCGACAACCAGGAAAAGCUUAAGGAGACGCUGGCCUCCCCAUUGGUGGAGGAACCGCUUGCUAUGCCAAAGCUGCGAAACCGGUCUGUGACAGAGGACAAGCAGCAGAAAAGACGCUCGCUUUUCGGCUACCGCUCGCUCUCCAAUGCUCUGAGCUCCAGAACCCUGUCGCAAGUGCUGACUGGCUCGCCUGACGACACGGGAAAACGCUCUGUCUCCGACUCUGCAGUGGAAAAAUACCCAAAUACCCAAGACCCUGCUGUGGACAAGAAACUCAGACGCCGCUCACUGGGAUGGUUUGCCAACUCCAACCUGAGCACGCCAUCUCUCACCAGAAAACAGGGCGAGACGCUUACGCCAGUGACUGUGUCGGGUCCGCUCAGUCUUUCUGCAGACGAUCUUUUACAGACCACGAGCGAGGCCACUGAACAGCCGGUGACGUCCAAUUCGAGCGAAGCGACACUAGAGGUGUCGAAAUCCAAUCCACACCACUACGAACUCAGCGAGACCAAGGAAAUUGUUCCUGUGGACUCUGCCAUUCCUCGGACAGAGGUGCCGGUGGAUACGCUGGACUCACUGAAUGUUAAGCCGAACAAGAAGAACAACAGACUGUCCAAGAUGUUUUCUGUAAGAUUUGGUCUUUCCAAGAUGAUCCACUGA